UUGUGGUUUAUAAGCUGGGUUCAAUUCUGUUAUGAAAUCAUUGGGUUACUGGUAACGAACUCUGUAAAGCGACGGCUCGUUUCAAACCUCCUGCUGUUUUGUUCCCGUGAAUUGAGGGUGGAGUUGGCUGGUGUGCUUUUUUAAAUUAUUGGCGGCCGCUCGGAUGUGAAGGCUCUGUUGGCCAAGUUUAAUGACAAGGCCGUGUCGGACCAGCAAGCCCAAGGAUCUCCGAAGACGGCUCUCGGCCCACAGCCUCCGCUUUGGAGAAACAUGUCUUCCAUCGCCAGCAAAGCGGCAGCCUUCGAAAGCCCCUCGGCCCCCAAGUUCCCCCUGAACAGGACAGGCGGCUCCUUCAUCGACAGGCCCCCCGCCCCCGUGGCGGAGAAGCCGGCCUUCCUCAAGCCCUCGGCCCUGAAGGCCCAUCAGGAGGGGCCACAGAGGGAAGCCAAAGACCCCAAGCCCCCGUUCCCCAAGCCCAGUGUGGUGGCCAAGCACUCCUUCUGCGUCCAGAGGGAGGACAAGGAAGAGAGGCCGGCGCUCGCCAAGUUUGGGUUGAGGUCCACCGCAGCCGCCGAGACUACGCCCAAGGAGAACGCGCCUCGGGAGAACUUCCCCAAACCGUCCUCCUUCUCCAAGAACCCCUUCCUGGUGGCCAAUUCUCCGUCCGGGACGGCGGUUGUGGAACGCCCGUCGAAGCCCACCUUCCCCAAGCCCGCCUCCGGGCUGAAGCCGUGGAACGAGUGCGCCAGCCUUCCCAGAGAGAGCGCGGAGAGCGGCAGGAGGGAGGAGGGAGGGGGCGGCGGCAGCAGGCUCGGCGGGGCCUUCCCGCCCAGGCCGAUGAAGCCCGCGGGGGAGCCGGCCAAGGUGGGCGGGGCCGAGGAGAAGACAGGGACGGGGGCCUGGCCUGCCGUAGAGGCCAAGGGGGAAGGCCCCAAGCCCUGGGCCCCGAAGACCAUCCCUCCCAAACCCAGGCUGGACGAUGUUGGCGGGGCCCGGAAGAUCGCCAGGCUGCAGGUCACGCUCCCCGGCAAGGCCCCGGGACAGGAGGGCGAGGGGGAGCCGAAGGAUCCGAACGCUCCCAAACGCAAGAACCUGCCCGCCAUCUGGACGCUCGGAGCCCCACCCCAGAAGCCCAACAGACCCCCCAACGUCAACCUGGACCAAUUCCGCAAAGCCCAGGACAAGCCACAGCCCCCAACCCCAGCAUCGAGCCGGGAUGUCGGGAAACCACCGCCCGUACCAAACCUGCCUCCUCGCCACCUGACCAGCAAACCGGCGGAUAUGAUCCCGCCCACAGAGGAGGAUGAGGAGGAGAACUAUGACGACGUGCUGGGCUCGGAGUUGCUGCCCCCACCGCUGCCGCCAAUGAAACUGGAAGAUCGCAGGAGGCAGAUGCCUUCCAACUGCGGAGACGAGAAAGAAGGAUCAGAUGGUGAAAUGUACGAAGAUUUGGACAGUUACAGAUCGCUGAAGGAGCUGAAAGAACAAGAGAAAAAACGGGAGAAGGAGGAGAAGAGGAAACAAGAGAUGGAUAAAAAGGAGCAACGAGAGAAGGAGAAGAGGGAGCAGGAGAUGAGGAAGAGAUUCAAGUUUUCGGGGCCAAUCGAGGUGAUCCAGACGGUGAAGGUGACGAUGGAUUACCGGGGCGGCAAGAACGAGCUGAGCUGUAAGCAGGGCGAGGAACUAGAAGUGAUCCGCAUCACCGACAACCCCGAGGGCAAGUGGCUGGCACGCACCACCGAUGGCACAUACGGUUACAUUAAGGUGACCUGCGUGGACAUCAACUACGACGAGAUCAAGAAGAAGACACUAGGCAAGCCGAAGGAAUUGGCGGCCGCCUCUCAAGCCAUGAGGCAGUCGCUCCCGGAUCAGGAACUCUACGAUGACGUUGCCCCGAUCAGUGACGUCACCAUAGGUGGGGGGAACAACAGUGGUGGUGGCAGCGGGCUCUUUUCCAGCGGUGAAGAGAUCUAUGAUGAUGUCGACGAGAUUCCUGAAGAUUUGAACCCUGCUGCACAGGACGCAUCAAAGCAGAACUCCUGGUCCUGGCUGAAGAGGAAGAAGGCGGAGACGGACGCCAAGGAGGGAAAGGCGAGAGAGAAGGAGAACGGUGACCCUCUGGGCAAGAGCAGCGAGCGCUGUCUGCCGUCCAUCCCUCCAUCGUCAGAGCUUGCAGGGGGUGAAGACGUCUACGACGAUGUCAGCGCAGAAGAUUUCCCACCACCGCCUCCCGAAUUCAGUUUGAGAACUGGACCAAAUAAAGGCAAGAAAGACGAUAUGGAUCCAAAAAGAAUCAAAAAGUUAGAGAAAGAGGAAAAAGACUUCAGGAAAAAAUUUAAAUUUGAUGGGGAAAUCAGGAUUCUAGGAACUGUCCAAGUCGCUCAGAAUUUAACCAACAAGAAAUGGGGCAACCGCGAUCUACCGCUAAAAGCGGGUGAAGUUUUAGACAUUGUCCAGCACACCGAUGAAGUUAAACUGCUCUGCCGCAACGUAGAUGGAAAAUUUGGAUACGUUCAAAAAGUCCACGUAGCCACAGAAAAUGUGGAAGGGGAUGGCGAGAUCUAUGAUGAUAUUGAUACAGAAUGCAUCUACGAUAAUGACUGAGCAUGACUCCAGGGAAUUGGACAGAGCUGCCACGGUCCACCUCGUCUCCUUCUCUUCCCAUUUGCACUGAGCGACAAUACGCAACAAUCACUUUACGAAGGGAACUCUUCAGCAGCCAGCGUCCCGCCUCUCGAAAGCUGCGUAGCUCUCUCCGUUCCCGCGACGUCAGCAAAGAAUCGGUCAACAGAAGAUCCAUCGGCGAUCUUCCACCCAGAUCAUCUCACUCCACCAUUGUGAAUUGUGGACCUUCCUUGGGGAAGAAUUAUUUAUAUUUGAGAAUUUGAACAAACCCAAUUAUGUUGAAGACCCUUAAACGGUCUUUAAUGUGUGCUUUGAACAUAUUUUGCUGUUUAUUUUCCUGAGAAUGACUUUUGGAACACCUAAAUUGAAAGGAUGCGGUACUGUUAUUCCUCUUUGCUAAUGAGUGAAUCAAUCAAACAUGUGCGCUAAAAUUCAUACUACUUUUGUAAGUAUCGUUACAUGUCUCUAACUUUGUGUUUCUAAUUGAGUCUAUUUGCAACCAUUGCUUCUUUUGUGUAUAGUUACUUGGUUAUGGGCAGUAUGCGUAUGGUUAAAGGAAGUAUGUUUAAUUUGCAGGGAACACCUUCAUUUCUUGAAGGCCGUGCUCUCCACCUAAUUGCUGUUUAAUAUUAUGUUUUAUUGUCCUCCAGAAGUUAUGGUUUAUCUCUCCGCAGAUACACGUUUCAGCUGAACGUUGCUCGUUGCAAUUUUAAUGCAUCUGAAGAUCAUUGCUGUGAUUAAAAUCUCAUAUGAAAUGGC